GUCACUUUGAGCAUUAGGUUAUUCCAAGUUUCAGGGGAUUUCAGGGGUGACACCUUAAGACGCCAUGAAGACUGAGAUUGAUUUUGUCCUCCUGGGUCCAAGCGGCUUCCUUGGCUCUGCGAUUCUUCGUUAUUUGGAAUCCUCCGAGUUUUCGGUACAUGCAACGAGAAUACGGCUCAAGGACAGGCUUGGUCUUGAGGCCCUUUUGGACGAGAUACGUCCAAAGCUUGGCGUCAUAUGUGCCGCUGGCGAGCGCGGACGGCCCAACAUCACUUGGUGUGACUCUCAUCCUGUCGAAACUGUUGAUGCCAAUAUCACUGGACAGCUCUCAGUGGCUGCUGCUUGUUAUGAACGUGGACUGCAUGUGAUACUGCUUGGAACAGGCGCUCUUUAUGUGAGCUCAGAUCGCAAACGGAAGUUCUCCGAGAGCGAUCCACCAAACGGUGGCUCUCCAGGGGUGUAUACUGCUUUGCGGCAGAAGAUGGAGGAGUUGACAGCUUUAUUUGACAACACACUUGUCGUUAGAGUGCUCUAUCCAUUGAGCUCGGAUCUUGAUGCUCGAGGGCUCCUUGGGAAGCUUGCGCGCUUCCAGCAAGUAGACAGCGUGGAGACGUCGGUCACUGUGUUGGACGACCUGCUGCCUCUUUUGCCAGUCCUUGCACAGCGGAGAGCUGCUGGAGUUUUCAACUUUGUAAAUCCUGGCACCGUGUCCUAUCCGGAGAUUGUGUCACUUCUUUCCGAGAGGAUCUCUCCAUGUGCAGAAUGGACUCCUCCACAGAUCCGCGGAGCAGCUGGUGGCAACAAAGCUGCAGCGGAGCUCGACACAGCUCGAUUGCAGGAUACUGUGGGGAAGCCUUUGCCACAGGCUUCCGAUUCGGCAAGACGCAUCAUCGCCGAGUUGAAAGACGAGCAGAUCAAUUGCUUCAAGCAAAGUUUGCUACCAUCACAAAGUUGAUAGGAAGCAACAGUGUGAUUAGCAACCGAUUGAUUUUGGCUUGUGGAAAA